CAAUUAUUCAUAUGAAUGUUUCCAUUUGGCUUUCUUCACUCGAACCCACCUGCCUGGCUGAACAUCUCUGGAAGAGCUCCCCGGUGUUUCUGCGAGGAAAAACGCACAUCUAAAGAGCUUAUCUUGGCUCUCGCUCUUCUUGUAACCAUGUUGACCGUUUCUUUGGUUGGGAAAAAGUUUAGUUGUAGCAUUCAAUUACAGAUUCUCUCUGAAAAAGAAGGUGGUGGUUUCGAACUCGCGCUGAAUGCUGGAGAGAAGUGCUCCGAACGCUCCCAGGCCGUCAGUCAGGUCUCGGCAAGUCUGAAUGUCACGAUACAGAGCGGCUGCAAGAACCGCGUGACACGAUGCCAAGAGAUGCUGAUGUUCCUACAGGAGCAAGCAAUCCCCAAGACUAUGAAUGUCAUGAAGGUACACAUGGUCAGCGGUGAAACUAAGCAGCUACAGCGUGACGGCAUGAAACUCUUCAACUGCAUCAGGACGAGCAGACGGGAAAGGGAGCGAAUAAAAGAUAGAUCGACAUCACAAGAGCGUCUUCUCUCUUCUAGAGGAUACGCCUCCGAUUCCGAGCGCUACUCCAAGUUUUCUUCACGUAGUCGAUCUACAGAUAGUUUCAUCAGUAGUCGGUGCAAUGUUAGUGAUGCCGACACCUCAAGACAUGUGAAAACCAAGCUUCCAAAGGCAGGGAUAUUCCGUGAGCGCAAGAUGCGCGCGGCUUCUCUAGAAAGACUAGGGUCAUCCAUUUCCUCGCUUGAUCUUCCUGCAAGACGAAAAGAGCUAGAGGUGGAAUCGGAUCGAGAAGUUCAAAGUAAAAGUUCCCAUCACGCUCGAUGUCUGGAAUCAAGUGACUUCGAAAAGAAGUUUGAGAAGCAUCGAAAAGGUCGGGUGUCGACCAAAAAAAGCCCCAGAAAGAACGUAGAGAAAGUAACCAAGGAGCACUCUAAGAAACUGCUACAGGAGGAAAUGACUGUAAAAGCGUCUACUUCUGCUGUGUGCGGUAAGACAAAUGUCAAUAGGGGUCUAACGCUGGAGCUAAAAAGGCAAGACACAUUUAAAAAUGGAAAUUCCGGAGAUAGUGAAACAAAACACGGCUCCAAAGCCUACUUUAAAAGUCGCUCAUUGAUGGAAAUACCUUCCUUAUGUCCAAAAAACGUUGACAGGGUUUCUGAUAGAAAGUAUGAAAGUUCCACCGAGAAGUCAUCACUUCCCGUCGAGGAACGAAGGGCAUCAACUCUCCCAUCUAGAAGUGGGACUCCCCGCUUGACAAAGAUAGAUGUUGUCGAUGACAAUGCCGCACUCCGAGCUUUUGCGCGUAGAAUCACUAGAGCUAUAAUCAACUCCGCCGUCACACUACUCGUUGACCGGGUAGUGAUUGAUUUACCUUCCACGGGUUCCAACGACUCCGAGCAAUUGCUUAACGAUGAGGUAGUAACCGCUACUAAUGAUAAAACCUUGGAGGGAAAACCCAGUUCGCUGAUCGCUAUCGAGACUUCGAUCAAAGAGGCCAAUUGCAGAAGUUGUUGUAUAUACAGUAGUCGUAGUAUUGCAAACUCUGGUCAGACAACGUCUGUAGCAACACAAACAGAAGCAGCACGGGAAUCGAAAGACUGUAAUCUUGGCCAUCCUGCAAGGCCAGUAGCACCUGGACGUGAUGCUGUAGCUACUAAGCCAGUGCACUUGUCUGUGCAAAAUUUCAAAGAUCUAAAGAUGUGGCAGAAUGGUGAAAAAUUACCGGAGAUGGUUACCGACCUACGCGAUGCAGCAAUUAAACAGUCUAUCAUCCUUCCGUGGAAGGAUAAGUCCAGUCUGCCUCAUUUCUGGAGCAGUGAGAGCGCGCUUAGCUUACAGGUGGACAAUAACCAUCCGGAAAACUCUUCUCCAUCUUUGCAACUUUAUGAUGUGUACCAAGAUGUGAAGGAUAAGUUGAAACGAUCGCUCGCGUCACGGGAUAUACCGAAUUAUUCAAUUGUGUUGUCAGAGUCAAAAAAAUAUUUGCAUACCAGGCGUUACAGCUGGGGAUGCCCUGAGAAUCUCAAUGCGGUUGACCAAUACCCAUGGUCUAGUGAAGAGAGUGGUGAUGGUGAACAUUGUUCUCCUAGAAGAGAAGGCGUCUCAUGCAAAACAGGACUUGUCUCCAGAUCAUCUGAACAGGUGAGCAUUGGCAACUUCUUUGAUAGGCAUGAAGAAACAGACCCUGGUGAUGUCAAGCCUGAACGGGCUGCAAGACAUAUACACAACAAAAACUGCCCCCAAGAAGACAAAUCAAGUCUAUUAGAUGGCAGCCACAGCUGGUAUGUUCAUCUACCAAAAAAGGAUGAUCCAGCAGGAUCUGUUUUAUCCUCCUUGAAGCGCUCGGCAACAUUCCACGGCAGAGAUGACAUUAAGAAGGCAACACAGGGAGUAUCGGGGCGACACCGGUAUAUGCGGUCCAUUUCUGAACAAAACGAGCGACGUCGGUGGAAAGCUGCUCAAGCGAUUUCUCAAGAAGUCUGCGAGAUUGUCCAUGGAAGAGCGUCCUCCAGAGCUGUUAAUAAUCGAGAUGCUCGCUGCGUCUCCUGCCCAGUGCUAUCGGAGGAAGAUGUAGUUCUCGAGGGGCUUUUCAGUCACCAUCGGGACGUGUGUGAAAGACUCUCUCAUAGGACAAGGGUUGUUGUUCGUGUCCAGGAGUUGUGGUGCCGCGGGGAGGCCAUUGGAGCUCUGACAGCUUGCUUGGUGCUGACAGGGAGGACGGCUGGUGUUGACGUACUUUCUUCUGACGGGUUUGCAUCCCUUAAUACGACCAGCGCCACCAAGGACAAUGCCCUGUUCCUAAACAUCAUUCAACAGCUGCCGACGAGGAGCUCUUCAUGGACCUGGGGGAUGUGCCACAUCUUGCUGCCACACCUGAAAGAUUUCAUCUCCACUAGGAUGCAUUCUAGUCACGUGUGCAUGGCUUGCAACAUACUCCAUCUCAUCGUUCAAAAAGUUAGCGGUUUUCUGCUCAGACGCCACACAACAAGCAGAGAACCACCUGAAGUAAUCAGUAACUGCCUCAGUGAGCUGACAGACAUCGAAACGCGCACAGACGAGGUUUUGGUUGUUUUACACAACAAAGCCUUGACGAAAUGCACAGAGGACACGCUCAUUUUACGAUCCGUGCUAAGCGAACUGUUGCUCGCAAUUCGGACACUGCGUAGACUACAGGGCCCGGACACCGGAAGAAACACAACAUCGCAGAAAUGCACAGAGGGUCGUCUGAUCUUGCCAUCCUAACUUAGUGGGCAGAUGCUAUAUUGUUGGGACUUUAGGGACAGGAAACUAGACAAAACAUAACCUUAAAGAAAUACAAAAAGAUACACAUCUUAGUUUCGUUGAGCGAGCUCAAUAUCAGGACACCACGUAGACAACAUGGACCGGAUAUCUACACAGGCAUAAAACAAACGGCAUUAAUAUACUACUGUGAAUAUUCACAACAUUAUCUCACCACAUAGAUGUUUAAUCUUCGAUAUUCUUUUUCAAUAAAAAAGAUAAUACGC